ACCUCCUGAGUAAUUCAUUAAGGCGAAGAUUAACUGACGAGACUUUGAGUGAAGGCAUUGUGAAAGAACUACUAAUUUUAAACCGUUUCAGGAGCCAACAUUGAAAUAUGGCUGGAGAACUGGCGCAAUCGUUCCAGAAUUGACAAAAGAAAUCAAAACACAAAACACUCAGGAGUACCGUGGCAAAAUUGCAUGGCUGGGAAGCUUGACAUCUCUGAUUGACAAGUACCAAGACAUGGUGGUCUCGAACCCAGAAGUAAAGUCGGUUUUAAAACAGUGGCGGUUGGAACGAUACGACAUUAGGGAAUACGUCAAAGUGUUAUUCAACCCACAGUUUGGAUCUAUUUUUCGAACCUACCAUAAUCCAACAUAUUUUUCUCGAAGGUUAAUGCGUUUAGCAGAUAUUUAUAUGUCUAACGUCACUAAUUUGCUGCAGUAUAGCCUUAACCACACUUUUUAUGUGAGAAGGUGGCCGCUUCCGCAUGAGCCGGAAGGUUAUAAUCAGUAUGAUGGAUAGAA